UGGUUGGCUGCUUGUGCAAAGUGCGUGGUUGCGGGAGAAGGAGGCAGCGAGCGUGUGACGUUAGAGCGUGGAUUCCCCCUUCCCCGUCCCUUUGCCCCUCCCCCUCCCCCAGAUACGGCUGCUAGGAGAUAGAGAGCGGCGCGAGCGACUGGCAGGCAGACAGAUUCAGACAUGGCGGCGGCGACGGGAGGAGGAGGAGGUAAAAUCCGAAACAAGAGGCACCACAUCAUUAGCAAGCCUUACGCCAAGAACCAGGGAAUCAUUGGAAGAGUUACCAGUACAGUUAAAAAUAUAGUACCUGGGUGGUUACAGAAGUACUUUGGGAAAACCUCUAAGACAGAACCAGUUGAAGCAAGAGGGUCAAUAAACAACCAUGAAAAUGAUCCAAUCAUCGUAAAUGAAACCCCAUCAUUUGAUAAUGGAAAGCACCAACCAGCACCAACAACCAGCAGGACAGCAGUAAGCACAACAUCAAGCAAAUCUGCUUUAAAUUUCUCAGAAAUGCUUCUUCUGCGACCAGCUCUCAGUCGAGCACACAUUAAUUGUGCUGCACUAGAUACUCCAGCGCAUGAUUGCCAACCAUCCACAUCCUCCUCUUUUCCUAUUGGCAAUUCAGGAUUCUCACUGGUAAAGGAAAUCAAAGAUUCUGGCUCACUACAUGAAGAUGAUAACAUCUCCACAACAAGUGGUUUCUCUUCCCGAGCUUCUGAUAAGGAUGUAAUAACAUCAAGAAAUGCAUUACCGCAUUUGUGGUCCCCAGACGGGGAGCGGUCUCAUUCUGUUCCCCAGCAACCUGCUGUGAGCUUGAAAAAGCCAUCUUUUAAUUUGUCUGCAUUUGGAAGUUCACCUCCAUCUUUUAUUAGUACUUCUUUACUAAAUUCAAGCCAGCUUGGGGAUUCUCCUUUCUAUCCUGGCAAGACUACUUAUGGUGGGGCAGCAGCAGCAGUAGGAAGAACUUCCCAAACUCGAAGUACACCGUAUCAGGUGCCAAUAAGGAGACAGAUGAAAGCAAAACCAGCAAGUUCACCAUCUUAUGGAGUGACGAGUGCCACUGCCAGACGCAUCCUUCAAUCUUUAGAAAAGAUGUCAAGUCCUUUAGCUGAUGCUAAAAGAAUUCCUUCAACAGUGACAUCUCCAUUGUCCAUGUCUUUGGAGAAAAGUACCAUUGAUGCAACUGGUUGGCAGUCCAAAAUGAGAAAGCUGGAAGCACAAGGUCCUCCGGUACAGAAACUUCAAACACCUGUGAUUGUUUCAGGAGCAACUAAUAGAUCCAUAUUUUUCAAACCGUCUCUGACACCUGGAGGGCAGAGUAACAGACAUAUUGACAGGACAGAAAAUCAAAAUAAUAGUGUGAAAGAGAAAUUACCUAUCCCUGAAAUCAGUCUUCAAGCAACAAAAAGUGAUAGCUAUUCGUAUCAAAUCAUUAGUUCUCAUGCAACCAAUGGUCUUGCAUCCGGAGGAGCUGGAGGAAAAAUGAAGAGAGAUAAAGGACAUUACUCCUCUAGAGGUGCACAGGAGGUAAAGGCCCUAGCCCCUGAAUUGCCUGAAGUAUCUUUACCAAUUAAAAACACAACAUUGCCAACCUUCAACUUUGGCUCUCCUUCCACAGCUCCUUCAUCUGUAAUAUCUACUGUAACACCUUUUCCUGACAAGGUAGUGGUAUCCAAUCCAAGUAACGCUGCCUUUACCUUUUCUAUACCAAAUAUAAAAGCAACUGAGGCAAAUCUGCAACCUAUUUCAGUGUCUACUGGAUUUACCUUUAGUGAACCGAUUGACAAAUCCGUGCCACUUGUCUUUGUAUCUGCCAGACCUUCCAUUAAUGCAGCGAAAUGCACCACAUCGCCUUCUGUUUCUACACCAACAAACGAGAGAAAAAGUGAAGAUUGUGAUGGGUUAUUGAAACCUGCUAAAACUCUGAAGCAGGGCAGUGUCUUAGAUGUUUUAAAAGGGCCUGAGUUCACUUCGUCGUCUUCAUCCACACAAUGUAUAACCAAGUCCUUGGACAGUGCACCAGCUACUGUGAAACCUUUGCCAUCAACUACUGGAAAAAAUAGUUCCUCCACAGAGAGCUCAAAUACCUUAGGAUUUGGAGAUAAGUUCAAACCUGCUGAAGGUUCCUGGAAAUGUGGCUCCUGCCUUUUACAAAACAAAAUCACAGACAGUAAAUGUGUUGCUUGUCAGACUGCUAAAUCUGUACGUCCCACACAAACUGAUAAUGAGUCAGCCAACAAAGACAAACCUUCAUUUAAAGAGACUCCAGUGAGUUUUGGAGACAAAUUCAAACCUGCAUUGGGUACAUGGAGCUGUGAUACCUGCUUGGUUCAAAACAAAUCAGAAGCUGUAAAGUGUGUAGCUUGUGAUUCACCAAAAUCUGGAACUGGAGUAAAAUCUGCACUGGCUUUGCCUGCAGUGAGUGAAAGUACAAGGAACAGAGAGUUGAACCCUUCAAGCAGUACCUCUGUCAGUUUGGGAUUGGCAGAUCAGUUUAAGAAACCUGAAGGUUUUUGGAAGUGUACUGUAUGCCUCUUACAAAAUAAGGCAGAAGACAGCAAAUGUGUGGCUUGCCAGUCUGCUAAGCCAGGUGUUGUACCUGUUGUUGCCAACAAUCCUGUUUCAGCACCGACAGAUGGAAUUCGGGGAUUUGGUGACAAAUUCAAGAAGCCAGCAGGAUCCUGGCGUUGUGAAGCCUGUUUCAUUCAGAAUUCAUCAAAUGUAACAAAAUGUAUUGCUUGUACAACUGAGAAAACAGGCAGCAAGACUGACCCUAAAGGGCUUAGCUCAUCUGCAUUAUCGACUGUUGCUUCACCAUUCAGCUUUGGAAUCCAGCCCUCAACUGUAGACUCUUUGCAAAGUAAAGAUGGCGCUGUUGGUUUUAAGUUUGGGAAUCAGGGUAGUUUUAAAUUUGGCACGUCAGAUUCUGCUUCCUCAACUAAUGCCUUUGGAGGACAUAAAUUUGAGGUUACAGGGGGUUUCAAAUUUGGAGGUACUUCGACAGAAAAAAAUUCAGAGGAAAACAAAAAGGAUAACUCUAAAACCCCUAGUGGUGGAUUUAAAUUUGAGGUAGCUGCCUUUGGUAACAAUUCAACUUCAAUUAAGUUCGGUGCAUCAGAUACAAGUCAACAAAGUAAGAAAAGUGACAUGGCACUUGGAGGUUUUAAAUUUGGCACAGAGGAGAAGAAAGAAACCUCGGUAGUGCAGUUACAGCUGGACAAAACAGAAGAAAGAAAAGAUGGUGCAACUGUGAGUGCAGUUCUGCCUGAAAAAACAGUGGAUCAGGAGUCUGUGGCAGCGAAAACAUUUGUAUUUGGAAAACCAGAUGAGAAACAGAACUCUUUGAGCUCUACACCAAUCGCAUUUGAUAAAAGCAAAGAUGUUGAAUCGCAACCACAGUCUGAACUUAAAAAGUCAGAGCAAACCAAAGAAUCAGCAUCUUUGUCUGACACUUCAAAAGCAGAAUCUAAGACUGGGUUUACUUUCAACUUGGUUAAGCCUGUUGAGAAACCAGAGGCAACUGAAACGGCACAGCAAGGAUUUGUGUUUGGGGCUACUGGAAAUGCUUCAGAACAAGGAAUUACAAAACCAGCUUUCAGCUUAUUUGGCAACAGUUCUUCCAUGUCUGCUGCAGCAAAUGCUGGGGGUUCCACAACCACCUCCAUAUUCGGUAAUUCUGCAUCUGCUACAAACACGACAUUUUUAUUUGGACAAGCAAGCACCACUGCGGGAAGUGCAAAUCUUGGAAAUUGUUCUGAAUCAACUGUUGCUGCAACCAAGCCAUUUUUAUUUGGCUCACAGGAUAUUAAACCGGCUGUCAGUAAUUCAAGUUCAGGGGCUUCUGCUGUAGCAUUUCCAUUUGGCUCGAUACCCAGUAGUAACACUGCUACAACAUCUGUGUUUACGUUUGGUGCUUCAACCACAACAUCUAGUUCAACAGGUGUUUCCUCAAAUUCUAUCUUUGGGUUUGGAUCAAGUUCUACAGCUGCAGCAAAUCCUCCAGCUUUUGGUACCACACAGACCCCUGUCCCUCUGUUUGGACAAAGCAGCAAUCAACCACCUGCUGCCUUUGCUUCAGCUGAUGCACCUACCUUUGCAUUCUCAACCAGUUGCCAGCAAACUGCCUUUGGUUCACAGUCUGCCAGUGGUCAACCAUCUCUUUUUGGAGGACAGUUACCCAAUCAACCGCCCACAUUUGGUUCAACUUCAUCUACCUCGAGUAACACUUUCCAGUUCGGAAACAGUGGUCAUAGUUUUAAUUUCAAUGCCACCAAUUCAUCAAAUGACGUUUUUAAAUUUGGAUCUGCUUCUACGGGAGCAACACAGCAGCCUGGAUCCAGUGGUGGCUUCCAGUUCAACCCAGCCCUUGGAUUCCCUGCUGGGGUUGGCAGCACCAAUCCUUUUUCUACGACGUCUAGUGGCCGUUCAACUGUUACUGGUCGGAAGAUAAAGACUGCAGUUAGGCGCAAGAAGUAGUUGUCACAACUGUUUAAAAACAGCUAAUUAUUGAAAAUGUAUUUUCUAUAAAGAGCUGGUGCCCUGCAUUAAUAAUUGAAUUGUACCUCCUUCUGGGCUUUAUCAGAUCUACCUAGGACCAUUUGAACCUGCAUAUAAUUGGUCGCUGCUUUUAGUUGCCUGGUGAUGGGUGGACUGUAGAUUUUUUUGUGAGAUCCCAGCAGUGUCAUUAGUUAAAGACUUGGCAUGGUCUGGCUACAAACAACCUGCAAAGUGAAUGGCUUUGUAUAUUGAUACCUCUUCAUCUGCACCACUAGAUAUUGUUCAUAACCCACUCAAUUGUACUGAAAGGUUUGUAUAGACUGAAGAGCAUCAGUGAGAAUAGGGCUGAUAAUUCUACAAAGGUUUCAUCACAGUAUGUGUGAAGUAUGUGAAUGUGUAGAUGUUAAAUGGAUGGCCUGUUGUGCACCGAUGUUUUCUGACUGCAGAAUGAUUGAAGAAUCAUACUUCGAGGACUUUAAAUGAAUUGUCUUCAUUUCAUAGAACAUGUGCUUUUUAAAAAUUCUGUUUAUGCUUUUUUGACUUAUUUCAUUUUAUUACAAACUAUUAUGUACAUAUCUUAUGAUUUUCAGUCAAUUACCAUUCUUGGACAAAAUCACAAAUCUGUGAACUUGAAUUAUUUUUUGUUAUAGCGGUAUGUUUUUCGUUCAGUAUUGUCUAUUAGAAGAUUUUAUUAUGUAAAUCUCAUUAUUCAAAGUUGCCUAAUCCAUUUAACAUCCUUUGUGAUUUAAAAAAAAAUUGGGAACUCUUUAAAGUUUGCAUAUUGGCUUUUGUGAUCCACUUUUGUUUGGACCAAAACAGUGUUGUACAAAGUAUUAACUAUAUAUUUUUAUAUUUGUUUAAAUGGACUAUGGUGACUUUGGAUAAUAAGGAGAACAAUUUAAUAUUAAAGCCAUGUUUAUUACUGUAUGAUUAACA